AUGGUUCGAAAUAUUGUGGUCCUCGGAGGCCUGUCACAUCCAGGCCUCACCGAGACCAUUUGUGAGAUUCUUGGUAUUCCAGAAGGCCAGGCCCUCUUUUCAAAAUUUGCCGUAGGCGAAACUCGCGUCGAGAUUGGUGAAUCGGUUAGAGGAAAAGAUGUCUAUAUCAUUCAAUCUGGAGGUGGAAAGGUCAACGAUCACUUAGUCGAACUUCUCAUCGCCAUUUCUGCCUGCAAAACCGCUUCGGCCAAGAAAGUCACCGCGGUUCUGCCUCUAUUCCCCUACUCUCGCCAAUCAGACAUCCCCUACAACAAAACCGGUGCUCCUCUUGUCAAGGGAUCCAGCUCCUCUUCCAAAUACGAACCGAAUGGCUACACUUUUGAUAGCACUCCUUCAACUCCACAUCCAGAUAGAAAGGAAAGUCAAGGCCUUGCCAACGGUCAUCCACUCCAUAAAGCCAUUUCCAAGUCCGAUCUCGACGCAGCCGAGAACAAUCCCACCCAUCAAGCGAGAUUUAGCCAUUAUCGUGACUCUAGCUCCCACUCAAGCACAAAAUCGGAAUACUUUCCGGGAGCUCGAAAGCGCGGUGACUCAUCAGCUUCUACAAAUGGUGUUGCGAAUCAUGACUUUGCGGUGACUUCGCCCAAACCAGAACAUCCUCAACAGACGUUCAAACCUCAGCCUGGUUACAGACAAUGGGUCGCCCAAGCAGGAACUUUGGUAGCAGAUUUAUUGACCUGCGCUGGUGCUGAUCAUGUCAUCACCAUGGAUUUGCAUGACCCUCAAUAUCAAGGUUUCUUCGAUAUCCCCGUCGACAAUCUUUAUGGCCGCCCCUUGCUCAAGAAAUACAUUCAGCAAAACAUCCCGGAUUAUCGCAAUGGAAUUGUUGUUAGUCCAGAUGCAGGUGGAGCGAAAAGAGCCACUGCAAUUGCCGACUCCUUGGGUAUCGACUUUGCCCUCAUCCACAAGGAACGUCGCCCUACCAAGAUCACGGAUCGUCACAAUGCAACCAUGAUGCUUGUGGGAGAUGUUGCUGGGAAAGUCGCUAUUCUCAUUGAUGAUCUCGCAGAUACUAGCAAUACUAUCACGAGAGCCGCAAAACUUCUUAAAAAGGAAGGUGCUUCCAAGGUUUAUGCUUUGGUCACCCAUGGCGUACUCAGCGGUGAUGCUAUCGAGAGGAUCAACGCAAGCGCUUUGGAUAAGGUGAUUGUGACCAACACAGUGGACCAGACGGAGCAUCGUAAGCGAUGUCCAAAACUCGAAGUUCUCGAAGUUGGACACGUCUUUGCUGAGGCCAUUAGACGAGUCCAUUAUGGCGAGAGUAUCAGCGUCUUGUUCCAGUAUGACUAG